AUGGGUGGUGGCCGGCUGCCGGUGGCGUGCUCCGCCGUCUUCGUCCUCCUCGCCGCGGCGGGAUGCGUGUGGGCGCCGCGGGCGGCCGUGGCGGCGCGGGAGUACGCGGCCAUCUUCAACUUCGGGGACUCCCUGGUGGACGCCGGCAACCUCGUGGUGGACGGCAUCCCGGACUACCUCGCCACGGCGCGCCUGCCCUACGGCAUGAACUACUUCGGCUACCCCACCGGGCGCUGCUCCGACGGCCGCCUCGUCGUUGACUUCAUCGCGCAGGAGCUGGGUGUGCCGCUGCUGCCGCCAUCCAAGGCGAAGAACGCGACGUUCCACCGGGGCGCCAACUUCGCCAUCACGGGCGCGACGUCCCUCGACACGCCUUUCUUCGUGGAGCGCGGGCUGGGUCAGACAGUCUGGAACUCAGGCUCCCUGCACACGCAGAUCCAGUGGUUCCAGGACAUGAAGCCCAAGCUCUGCAGCUCCCCGGAGGAGUGCCGGGAGCUGUUCCGUCGGUCUCUGUUCAUCGUGGGCGAGUUCGGCGGGAACGACUACAACUCGCCGCUGUUCGCGUUCCGCCCCAUCGCCGAGGCGCACGAGUUCGUGCCCCACGUGGUGGAGUCCAUCGGGAAGGGGGUGGAGAAGCUCAUCGCGGAGGGCGCCGUGGACCUGGUGGUGCCCGGGGUGCUCCCCAUCGGGUGCUUCCCCGUCUACCUCUCCAUCUUCCGGAAGCAGGCCGACGGGUACGGCGGCCGCAGCGGGUGCGUCAGGGACCUCAACACGCUGUCGUGGGUGCACAACGCCGCGCUGCGCCGCAAGGUCGAGGAGCUCCGGGGGAAGCAUCCGGGGGUGCGCGUCGUGUACGCCGACUACUACACGCCUGCCAUCCAGUUCGUCCUCCACGCCGAGAAAUACGGGAUGCUGAAGCAGACGCCGCGGGCCUGCUGCGGGGCGCCCGGCGUGGGGGAGUACAACUUCAACCUGACGUCCAAGUGCGGCGAGCCGGGGGCGUACGCGUGCCAGGAGACCCUCCAACCACUGGAGCUGGGACGGCAUCCACCUCACCGAGGCCGCCUACGGCCACAUCGCCAAGGGCUGGCUCUACGGGCCCUUUGCCGACCCGCCCAUCCUCGACACCAAGCAUCUCGGCUAACACCCACCGUCUUCUCUAGCGCCGGCCACGACCGGCCGGCCGGCCAGCCAGUACAGAUUAAUUCGUCUCUACGCAAGAGACGUUGGGCCAGGGACAACGACCGACCUGUAAACUAG